AGUCCUGGGAUCGAGCGGCAGUGCAGCAUUCUUAUCCUCAGUUACUUGACAACAUGGCUCCCAAUCACAAGCUUUCCGAGGUAUCUGUCGAUGGAGGAUAUCUCAUUAGAAAGAAGUACCCGGCUAAGAACGGGAGGUUCUGGCUCCAGUUUUUGGUGGGAACGCUGCUGAAUGUGUGCAUCAUCGCGGCCUCGGUCGGUCUGACCAUGAUUUACGUCAACACUGAGCUGCAGUCACUCAAGGACCAGAUGCAAAUUCACGAAGAGCGUUUGGCAUGGUUGGAAGGUGCCUCGUCGAAACAAGAAGCCGGGGAAAAAGACGUCCCAACUUGGAAGGAUGCCCAGUUGCGAACGAGACGAGAUCGGCAGCCUCAAGUGUCGUCUGGCCACAGCGUCCAACGAAAUGAAACGCACCUUCCAGGUUACGGACCAGGAAAUGCAGGUGCUGCUUUAUGCCGGGACGGUCGUGAUGGGAGAGACGGUAAGGAUGGACAGGACGGGGCCCAGGGCCCAGCGGGACCGGCCGGCCCAACAGGAAUGAAGGGCCAAAAGGGAGAUCCUGGUAUUGAUACGGAUCGAGGCUCAUCAGACAUGAUGUUGCACAGACGGGCCAAGCGAGAUCUAGGCGACGGCAAUUCAUCACUUACAGCCGAAAAUCAGGAGUCGGGCGCGCAUGACGUGAAGCCGUCUGGGGGCGAGACCUACGUCCGAUGGGGGCGCACUACUUGCCCGAGUGAUGCAAACACGGAGCUCGUGUAUGCGGGUAUUGCCGCAGGUGCGCAUUAUACUAACAAGGGUGGUUCUGUUGAUUUCUUCUGCCUCCCGUCUGACCCGGAGUGGUCGGCCUCUCACAAAGACGGGGUCAACUCCGGCUCCUUCCUGUACGGGAUGGAGUACGAAGUUUCCGCUUUCGAUCCCUUCUCCCACGAGAACGCCGAGUUCCUGCACGACCGUGACGUCCCGUGCGCCGUGUGCCGCCUCAUGGACCGCGGGACCCAGCACCUCUUCCCGGCCAAGCUCGGCUGCCCGGAGGACUGGACGGAGGAGUACAGAGGCUUCCUCAUGUCCGGAAACCAAGGCCACGAGCAGCGGUCCAAAGCCGUGUGCGUGGACGAGGCACCCGAGGCGACCCCCGGCAGUCAGACCAGUGAGAACGGCGCGCUGCUCUACAUCAUUGAGGGGAAGUGUGGCUCCCUCCUGUGCCCCCCUUAUGUCGAAGGGCGUGAAAUAGCAUGCACAGUCUGUAGCAUCUAGAAAUGCCUUCAUACCCAACCCCGUUUUGAAAUCACUGUUGUGUACAAGAGGGCGUCAAUAUACCCAAUGCAUUACCUUUUUCGUUAGUGGCGCUGGCUCCCAUUUAACCACGAGUCAAUUAAAUUUUAGGGUCCGUGCGAUGAAUUUUUCUUAGGAAGAUAUGUUGUGCAACAUUCUACUCCUUGAAAAUGUAUGGCAACUAUUUGAUAUCCAUAUUGAAAUGGGCACUUCUCAAAAUGUCCCAUGCUUUUCUGGACAACUGAGGGCGCUGUCUCUUGGUGACAUUUCAGGAAGACACUAU